AUGGACGUGGGCCUCCGACCCUCGGAAUCCCAGGCAGAGGGAGAGGAGGGGGGCAUGAAGGAGGCCCGCAGUGAUUCAGGGACCCAGACCUCCAGCUGUGGGGUCCCCAGCUUCCCUCCCAACAUAGCGGCCCGGGUGGUAGGAGGAGAGAAUGCCGUAGCCCACAGCUGGCCCUGGCAGAUCUCCCUCCAAUACUUUGCGAACGGCACGUGGUGGCACACGUGUGGUGGCACCUUGAUAGCCAACAACUUCGUCCUCACGGCAGCCCAUUGCAUCAGUGACUCCCUCAUCUAUCGCGUGGGCCUGGGGAAGAACAACCUGUCCGUGAAAGACGAGGAGGGCUCCCUGUUUGUAGGUGUGGACACCAUCUUUGUCCAUGAGAGGUGGAACUCCUUCCUGAUACGCAACGACAUUGCCCUCAUCAAGCUGGCAAAGUCCGUGGAGCUGAGUGACACUAUCCAGGUGGCCUGCCUGCCAGAGAAGGACUCCGUGCUGCCUCAGGACUUCCCCUGCUACGUCACUGGCUGGGGCCGCCUCUGGACCGAUGGCCCCAUCGCCGAAGAGCUACAGCAGGGCCUGCUGCUGGUGGUGAAACAUGCCACGUGUAGGAGAUUGGACUGGUGGGGUCUCCUGGUGACGAACAAGAUGGUGUGCGCCGGGGGCGACGGAGUCGUCUCGGCCUGCAAUGGGGACUCCGGCGGUCCACUGAACUGCCAGGCAGAGAACGGCUCCUGGGAGGUGCAUGGCAUCGUCAGCUUCGGGUCAGGGCGGGGCUGCAACAUCCCCAAGAAGCCCACAGUCUUCACCCGCGUGUCUGCCUACAUCGACUGGAUCAAGAAGAAACUGCAGCUGUGAUUUGUCCUUGUGAUGUAAGCAGCAAGUCCCCACAACAAUAAACUCCUUCCCCUUCA